CACCGCCCCGCCCACGCCUCCUCGCCGGCCUCCGGGUGCGUCACGUGACGGGUCGGUGGCGCUGGCGGUUGCUGUCAGCUGAUUCCCGGGGUUGGUGGCAGCAGCGGUAGCAGCAAUGGACUUUCUCCUGGGGAACCCGUUCAGCUCUCCAGUGGGACAGCGCAUCGAGAAAGCCACAGAUGGCUCCCUGCAGAGCGAGGACUGGGCCCUCAACAUGGAGAUCUGCGACAUCAUCAACGAGACGGAGGAAGGUCCCAAAGAUGCCCUCCGAGCAGUAAAGAAGAGAAUCGUGGGGAAUAAGAACUUCCACGAGGUGAUGCUGGCUCUCACAGUCUUAGAAACCUGUGUCAAGAACUGCGGGCACCGCUUCCACGUGCUGGUGGCCAGCCAGGACUUCGUGGAGAGUGUGCUGGUGAGGACCAUCCUGCCCAAGAACAACCCACCCACCAUCGUGCAUGACAAGGUGCUCAACCUCAUCCAGUCCUGGGCUGACGCGUUCCGCAGCUCGCCCGAUCUGACAGGUGUGGUCACCAUCUAUGAGGACCUGCGGAGGAAAGGCCUGGAGUUCCCCAUGACUGACCUGGACAUGCUGUCGCCCAUCCACACACCCCAGAGGACCGUGUUCAACUCAGAGACACAAUCAGGACAGGAUUCUGUGGGCACUGACUCCAGCCAGCAAGAGGACUCUGGCCAGCACACUGCCCCUCUGCCCGCCCCGCCCAUACUCUCCGGUGACACGCCCAUAGCACCAACCCCGGAGCAGAUUGGGAAGCUACGCAGUGAGCUGGAGAUGGUGAGUGGGAACGUGAGGGUGAUGUCGGAGAUGCUGACAGAGCUGGUGCCCACCCAGGCCGAGCCCGCAGACCUGGAGCUGCUGCAGGAGCUCAACCGCACGUGCCGAGCCAUGCAGCAGCGGGUCCUGGAGCUCAUCCCUCAGAUCGCCAACGAGCAGCUGACCGAGGAGCUGCUCAUCGUCAAUGACAAUCUCAACAACGUGUUCCUGCGCCAUGAACGGUUUGAACGGUUCCGAACAGGCCAGACCACCAAGGCCCCAAGUGAGGCUGAGCCGGCAGCUGACCUGAUCGACAUGGGCCCUGACCCAGCAGCCACCGGCAACCUCUCAUCCCAGCUGGCAGGAAUGAACCUGGGCUCCAGCAGUGUGAGAGCUGGUCUGCAGUCUCUGGAGGCCUCUGGUCGACUGGAAGAUGAGUUUGACAUGUUUGCGCUGACACGGGGCAGCUCACUGGCUGACCAACGGAAGGAAGUAAAAUACGAAGCCCCCCAAGCAACAGACGGCCUGGCUGGAGCCCUGGACGCCCGGCAGCAGAGCACUGGCGCGAUCCCAGUCACCCAGGCCUGCCUCAUGGAGGACAUCGAGCAGUGGCUGUCCACUGACGUGGGGAAUGAUGCGGAAGAGCCUAAGGGGGUCACCAGCGAAGGUAAAUUUGACAAAUUCCUGGAAGAACGGGCCAAAGCCGCGGAUCGAUUGCCUAACCUCUCCAGCCCCUCAGCUGAGGGGCCCCCGGGUCCCCCACCUGGCCCAGCGCCCCGGAAGAAGACCCAGGAGAAAGAUGAUGACAUGCUGUUUGCCUUAUGAGUGUGGGGUCUGGCACCCUGCAGCCCAGGUCCCCACUGCUUUCACACCCUUAGGCUGGGACCUCCCUCCCUCCUCUGGUGUUAAGGCUGCUUUGGGGGUGGCUUGUUACCCCCUUUUUCUCCUCUUUGAAGAUGGAGCUGCCCCAGCUCUGGCUGGGGGUGUGGAGGCAGUGGGAUGAACUGGGGGACAGAUCCGCGCUGCAGUGGGAUCUGGCUGCUCUGCCUCCUUUCCCACCCCAGCUGACCACGAGACUUUGCUGAGAAGUGGAGGCCCCAGGACAGGCUGGCUGGCUGGCUGGCUGGUUGACCCAGUGUGACUCUCCUUCACUGAGUGAUACCCUGCUCCCGGCCCAUGCCCCGAGGAGCCCUUCAGAGCCCACACUGCCAGUCGAGGGCUGGCUGGAGGCUGGCCACAGUGGAAAUUCUGCCAAGCCUCUUGUCCCUUCCCUGCUCUGCUGCAUGGGGCCCCAUGGCUUUGGCUGGCCAUUGAGGGCAGGGUGUGGAGGUGUGGAGGCCUCUGAGGAGCUGCAGCGGCCCAGGUACGAAGCUGUAACUUCAUGCUGUGGGCGAGAUCUCAUCAGCCCCAGGCUGCAGGUGAGGCUUCAGGGGAUGCUGGGGACCCACCGCCCCUCCACUACUUUGCCCUCCAUCCUUCCUCUGUUCCUUCUGGCCAGGCACCACAGCACUGGGGCUCACCUCUUGGUUGAUCCUCUUGUACUGGGAGAGGUGCCUUUUGUGUCCCCAAUUAAAGGUAGAAAACCACCCUGCUA